AGCUUAGCAACAAGAAGACUUAAAAGGUCUCAAGUCAAUGAGCAAUUCGGUUUUUGUUUUGUUUUCCUCUUAUUCACAAGAGAAAGUAUCAGACACAAGAGCUUUUGUUCUCACUUUGAGACUCUUUAUCCAAAGUAACUCUCUGACAAAAUGAAUGGAAGAGUAGGGUAUAGAUUCCAUCCAACUGAUGAGGAACUCGUCAGUUACUUUCUAAAGCACAAGAUGGCUGGAAAUGAUGGGCUGGUUGAUGAUGAUAUUCGGCUUAUUGAUCUCUGCAAGUUCGACCCCUGGGAUUUGCCAAGAUAUGCCGCGGGGGGGUCAAAUGAUCAGGUGUGGUAUUUCUUUCAUAGAAGGGAGAAUAAGUAUAAAAAUACCACCAGACAACGGUUCAACAGAUCAACACAGAGUGGACACUGGAAACCAACUGGUAAUGAGCGUACAAUCACGGCCAGUCGCACUAACAGUAAGAUUGGUACAAAGAGGACUUUGGUUUUUUAUAAGCGUGGCAGCCCCAAGGAGGUGAAGACCAACUGGGUCAUUCACGAGUAUCAGCCUAAAACUCCUUACCAGACAGAUUUUGUUCUCUGUAAAUUAAAGGAAAAAAGAGAUGACAAGGCUUGUACAUCUGCUUGUGACGAAGAUCAGCCUAGUAGUAGCAGGGCUUCUGAUCAUCAUCCAAUAGAGAUUCCAUUCUCACAGGUCGAAUCGGAGCUACUUCUGGAAUCUUUGCUUGCUAGUACUUGUGAGCCAAAUUUCAACAAUCCCUCCCCAGAGCAUCCCCAAUUCCACAUGGAUGAAGGCAUAUCCAUUGAUGAUCUAAUGCCCUUCUUCGACAAUGACUCUGAUAGGUUGCCGGAGAUGGAGGAAGAUCCCAAUGAGAUGGCAGAUUCCUUUAUUGUUGUACCUGAUGAACACAGCGGUGAAGAGUACCUGUAUCCAGUUCUUGUGAAUCAAGAUGAUCAUAAUCGUCAAGAAAGUGCACGCAUUAGCUGCAAUCAUUCCAGCUCACCCAAUUUAUUGGGUGGAUUGUAUCAUGACGAUAUUAAUGAUGAUAUUAGUGACAUGGAAGCUGAAAUUCUCUAUGAAAGGUCUUCGCAAUUUGGAGCUUCCAACUUGAACAAUGGGCAUUACCGGCAGAUGCAAACGGUUCAAACAAUUACUGAAACUGUGCCUUCUUCAACAUUUGACCAGAAUGGAACUGAAAAGAAUCGUAUACUACAAAUGGAUAUUUCCUCUCCCUCAGCAGAUUCAACCAUAGAUAGCCAUGAAGACAUAUCUGUUAGAGUUGUCAGCAAAGAGGUUCCUGUCCCUACGAGGACUCACAAACAAGGAAGUAUAAUUCAGGGCAAAUUGUCAGGCGCAUCCGAACAUAAGGCGAAAAAAGCUAGGAAGCCUGUUACUGCCCUUGUUCUGCCUCAGGAAUCCCCCAAGGAAAGCAUCAAUGUGAAGACUGAAAAAGAUCAGAAAACGGUUAUUGCUAAGACAAAUUUGAAAUUAAGAGCAAAUGCAACGGCUACUUGCAACAAGACAGACUCUUUCAUUCGCAUGGAGACAUGUCUAUCAAGCCAAAGUUGUCCACCAUCAGUUUAUUUUAUUAAAGCACUCAUAGGCCUGCUUUUGAUAAUCGUUGUAAGUAGGGAAGUGCUCAUUCUUAUACUUGGAUUAGCCGCAUGCUACUUAGUAUUUAGGUCUAUAUAAAGUCCUGAACUCGCUGUUUAGAAACUACUACAUGAGUUGAUGCAGCCUACUUUGUACCUGUUUAAUAUUUAUUUCUUACCUUGUGAAUGUGCAUAACAAUGGCUCAAAGAGCUGACAAAUACCCACUUUUGGAUUUCUUCUGA